UCCUUAGCGACGAAUCUCAAUCAAUUUGUUAAGAGUUGAGACCAGCCUUCUGCUUUCCCUUUUCUCUUUAGAAUUUGAUGGCAAGCAACAACAUAACCAGUAUUCCAGUAGCAUUUGACAUCGAACCCGACGGCAGUUCCUCCUCGUCGGCAGAUGAUUUGUUGGUCAACAUGCUCGUGGUGCAUCCGGACCACCCAGAAGAGGAGGAGAGCAUGAAAGCGUUCUGCGUGCCGCGCAUGCUGUUAUCCUCUGAGGAAUCCUCAACCGACGUCGUACCAAAGUUGCUUUCUCACACAACCCUCCCGGAGUUGUUUCACAAGCAUCCUUCAUUCAUCAAACAUGUCUCGGAGUACGUUUGUUCGCUGCCUAGCAGCACGCACACCUUGUAUGUCUACCAUGUGGUCGCGGACGCGGAUCCAGAGGCGCGGCAGUACUACUUUUGGGAUUACUUUUUUUCCGCGGACAAGCUGAGUCGUAGGUACGAUAUAAUUUACACGGCGUACAUGUCAGAGCAUUGGUUGGGAUUUCCCAGCGGAAGGAUAUUGCCACUCAAUUUGGACGAUGAAGAGCAGUCACAGAACGAAAGGAAUAGGCCGUCAUUGGAAUCUACAGUAGAAGCGCUAAAGGAGGUUCAAAUUGAUCAAGAGGCUGUUGAGUGUGCCAUCUGCUUACAGGGCCUUUUGGUUGCUGCUAAAUUGCCAUGCUCACACGUCUACCAUCGAAGCUGCGUAGUUGAGUGGUUUGUUAAGAGCGAUUCAUGCCCCAUGUGUCGCCGCCCGGUUGUCUAAUUCAAUUGCAGGCAGAAAAAUCUGGUGUGAUUGGUCAUGGAUCCUAGUAGUUAGCUAUUAAUUUGUUCUAGAGAUAUGGUGUAAAUAAUAUUUUUGAAAUUUGAGAUUUGUUACUU